GGUGCCCCGCGGGCACGGGUCCCUGCGGCCCGCGCGGCCCCCCCAUUGGCAGCGCCCGUGUGCGCGUGUGCGGGGGGAGUCACCCCCCGGGGGGCGAAUGGUACAGUCCUCCGCCCGCUCCCCGCCGGGGCCGCAGCGAGAGCGAGCGAGCGAGCCGAGAGCGGAGCCGCGCCAUGGAGGGCGUCAGCAGCCAGCGCAGCCUGUCCUACAGCCGCUGGAGCUACGACGGUGUCUUAGAUGAUGAGGGCACCAACCUGAGGCAGCAGAAGCUUGACCGGCAGCGGGCUCUGCUGGAGCAAAAGCAGAAGAAGAAGCGGCAGGAGCCCCUGAUGGUGCAGGCCAAUGCGGACGGGCGGCCCCGGAGCCGGCGGGCCCGGCAGUCGGAGGAGCAGGCCCCCCUGGUAGAGUCCUACCUAAGCAGCAGUGGCAGCACCAGCUACCCAGCAGUGCAAGAGGCUGACUCGCUCGCCAGCAUGCCACUGGGAGCCGCCCGCCCAGCAGCACCAGCCUCAGCCAAGAGAACCAAGGCCUCGGCGGGGGGCCAGGGCAGGGCCUCCCGGAAGGAGAAGAAGGGCAAGCACAAAGGCACCAGCGGGCCAGCAGCACUGGCAGAAGACAAGUCUGAGGCCCACGGCCCAGUGCAGAUCCUAACCGUGGGCCAGUCGGACCACGCCCAGGACACAGGGGAGACGGCAGCUGCUGGGGGCGCACCGCCCAGCGGGCAGGACCUCCGUGCCAAGAUGCAGAGGAAGGGCAUCUCCAGCAGCAUGAGCUUCGACGAGGAAGAGGAGGAUGAGGAUGAGAACAGCUCCAGCUCCUCCCAGCUGAACAGCAACACGCGCCCCAGCUCUGCUACCAGCAGGAAAUCCACCAGGGAGGCUGCCUCUGCCCCCAGCCCGACAGCCCCAGAGCCAUCCGGGGAUGUUGAGGUUCAGGACCUUGAGGAAUUUGCGCUGAGGCCAGCCCCCCAGGGCAUCACCAUCAAGUGCCGCAUCACGCGGGACAAGAAAGGCAUGGACCGGGGCAUGUACCCCACCUACUUCUUGCACCUGGACCGUGAGGAUGGCAAGAAGGUGUUCCUCCUGGCAGGAAGGAAGAGAAAAAAGAGCAAAACUUCCAAUUACCUCAUCUCUGUGGACCCAACAGACUUGUCUCGAGGAGGGGACAGCUACAUCGGGAAACUUCGAUCCAACCUCAUGGGCACCAAGUUCACCGUCUACGACAACGGCGUCAACCCACAGAAGGCGGCUGCCUCUGCUGUGGAAAGUGGGACCUUGCGGCAGGAGCUGGCAGCUGUGUGCUAUGAAACAAAUGUCUUGGGCUUCAAAGGGCCUCGGAAGAUGAGUGUGAUCGUCCCAGGCAUGAACAUGGUUCACGAGAGGGUCUGCAUCCGGCCCCGAAAUGAGCACGAGACGCUGCUCGCGCGCUGGCAGAACAAGAACACGGAGAGCAUCAUCGAGCUGCAGAACAAGACACCUGUCUGGAACGACGACACACAGUCCUACGUCCUCAACUUCCACGGGCGCGUCACUCAGGCCUCUGUGAAGAACUUCCAGAUCAUCCAUGGCAAUGACCCCGACUACAUCGUGAUGCAGUUUGGCCGGGUGGCGGAGGACGUCUUCACCAUGGAUUACAACUACCCGCUGUGUGCGCUGCAGGCCUUUGCCAUCGCCCUGUCCAGCUUCGACAGCAAGCUGGCCUGUGAGUAGAGGCCUGCUUCUGCCCUUUGGGGUUGCCCGGCCCGGAGUGGAGCUGCCUGCCUGCCCUCUAUACCUAGGCCUCCUGCCAGGUGGACCUCGGCUCUCAGUGGGCUACCUGGCUCAGCCGACCAGGAACUGGCGCCUCUGCCCCCUGCUGGGGUGGGGCCGGCCGCAUGAAGGGAUUAGAGUGAAUUCUUUCUGUGCCCUGAAGACACACACACACAUACACACACACACACACACUGCUCUUGGGUUGGUUCACUGCUGUAGUCAUGUUUGCCAAGCUGGGCAACUUCUUCAGCUGGGAAGGCAGGAAGAGGAGCAGGGAGAGGAAGCACAACACAGGGCCUCCCUGCUCAGCUCUCCACCUGGCCCAUAUGUCAGACCAUUUGGGGUCCCCAGCAGUAAGGGGUAGCACAUCAGCUUCUGAAGGCCCCUGCCAGACCUGGGAUGGCACAGGGGCCAGGGGAGCUGAGUGGAGGAACCUUACCAGGAUUGCAGGGGCCUGGCUGGCUGCACUGUGGGAACUGGCUGGUGGCCUAGGGUCCGAGCUUGAUUUCUCUGGGCGCACAGAGGCAGCAGUAAGCCGGCUCUCAAGGCCAAAUGUCUUGGAAGGUGGGUCUGAAAUCACGGGCUGCCUGGGCCUGGGCUGUCCUGGGAGUUGUCUGCAGAGCAGCCCUAGGUGGGGCCCCAGGCUGUAUACACGUGGGCAGCCGCCCCUUGUGAGCCACGGCAUGUACAGGGGAGAAGGUCCUACUUGCUGCAGGGACCCAGUGGAGCUGCCACCCGCCAUCACAUGAGCUCACGGUUGUGGAGGGCUUCUGGUGUUUUGUGGUGUUUUUUUUCAAAGGUAGAAAUGGGAGAGGACAGCUAUGGGGGUAUUUUACAACCAGGAGAGUUGAGAGGUGGCAGGACCCUUAGAGGCAUCACCUAAUAUAACCCUAGCUUCAGGCUAGUCACACUCAGAAAGAGGAACUUGCCCUAGGUGGCUUGAUAGGUUAAUGGCUGAGUUCAGAACCCCAGCACACUCCCAUUUCCCCUACCCCCCCACCCCGCCCCGUGAAACCAUUUUCUCUGGCUUUCUUGGGGUCCAAUUCACACACCCUUGUCUUGUCCCAGUAUCAGAAACUUAGAAAUGGCGGAAUUGGUGUUUGAGAUUCAGUAAGAAGUUGGCACUUAGUUCCAUGAUGAAAGCUGUGUGGCUUUGGCAUGUGAGUCUGAUCGGGACCUGCCUGCGCCCGGCACUUCUGAGUGGGCCUGAGCAGGGCACACUCUGCCGCUGCCCUCUUCCCUGUGGAUGCCCUUGCCCCACAGAAUUGGGCACUGCUGGCUCCUGCCUGCUGGUCAUUUUCUUGGCAGAGCUCCGAGCCCAGAGGGAGGCCAGCAGAAAGCAGUGGGGAGUUGCUCUCCACUUCAGAGUAGAUGUGCUUAGAAAGGUUCUGUAGAAACUGAAACUUAAAAAUAUAAAACUGUACUGGACAUGCAGUGGUGUUGCUGCAGGAGUUGUGUGGGCUUGGUGGAGGGAGCAUGCUCUCAUGUCCUGUAGUCUAGGCUGUGCCAGGCUGAGUGGGUGCUUAGAGGAAGACAUACUGGUACCAGUGCAGAUCUGGCGCCAUCUGGCGGUGCCUCAGGCCCGUGUCUCUUGAGUGGCCCCUCUGGAGACCCAGCCUUGGUGGGCAUGUUCUCUUCUCCAGGAUGCUGUGGAGGGCACUGGGACUUCCCAUGCAGGGGCUGCACCUGGACCGUUUCCCAGCGCAAUACUGUGGAGCCAUCCUCCUACCUGUAGCUGAGGGUUCUCAGACGACGGGAGCUAUUUAUUGAUAACAUUUCUCUAAGUCAAGUCGAGGCUGUUUUCUCUCAGUCUGUGAUCUGAAGAGAGAACUAAAGGUGAUUGUGGAUUCUGGUUUGUGGCAGAGUUAAAGACUCAGACAAGGAUAAGCCUGGUCCUUUGCUUCCUCUAGUACAUGAGUUAGGGACACGGCAGCUGGGUGGGAACGUGGGCUGAGCUGUAGAGCCGGGGCUUGGAUGGUGGCCUCCGCCACUAAGCCUUGUUGGGCACUGAGUGACAAGCUGGAGCAGCUGCGUCACCUGCUGGAGAUGCAGCCUCAGGAGACCUGCUCUGAGGCCCCACUCCUGAAGCUGGUUUCCUCUGGCCACUGGGGCCAUAGGCGUGGUGUUGACUGUGAGCUGCCGGGGCCCCUGGGGCCCCCGUCCCAGCCUCUCCUACAGUUGAGUCUUGUCCUUCACACCCUGUACCCGGUUGGUCCAUGGCUGGGCCAGGCAGGGGCUGUGGGGACCUUCGGCAGCUUCUCCUCAACUUGUCCCGGAGAUCCCCCCCCAACUGUUCUGCGGAGUGAUGAUAUUCACCCUGACCUUUCUCCAAAUUCUAGCUUUCUGUUCCUUCUGGCUUCAAGGUGCUCUGUGUCUGUCUGUCUGUCUGUCUCUCUCUAUCUAUCUCUCAGUCUGUCUCUCUCUCUCUCUCUCUCUCUCUCUCUCUCUCUCUGUGUGUGUUUGUGUGUGUCUGGGGAAAGGGGCAGUCCCCAGUCCAUCACACUCCUAAGCCUGAGUCGAAGAGGAGGCUGAUUACAGUUGCAGUCACUCGUGGCUUCACGCCCUUUUGUCAGAAAGCUUGCCUGAGCAGCUUGGGAACUAGCAUAGUGGGUAAGCAGAAGAGGCUGUAAGGUCCCAGGUUCAGUUCCUGGAAUCACCGGAAGCCAGAGCUGAGCAGUGCCCUUUUUGUUGUUGUUGUUGUUGUUAUUUAAAGAGAGACGGCAAGUCUGGGAACAUCCCGGCACUUUUUUCAGGGUUCUGCUGAGUUUUCGACUUCCUACUCUGUGUUCUUUAAAGGAACGAGCCUGCCACAUGCAUGCAUUUGGAUGGAUUUUUGACUGUGUUCUAGUGAAUGUGCCUUAAAAAUCACAGCACUAGUUCAGAAGGAGCCUGUAAAGCCAGACUCCUGCUGAGGUAGGUGUUGAGGAGUCAGAGUGGGGUGGAGCCCGCCUCUGGCAGUGGAGAGGUCCACACACAUGCAGAAGCAGAAGCCCAGGUCUCCCUCCCUCUGGGGUCCCAGUGAGGGGAGCUGGCACGCAAGCACAACUCCCAUCUCCUCAGUGAAGCCCCCGGUGGUUUGCCCUCACUGCGGAGACACAGGCCUUCCCGCCUCUGUAACUCCUCCUCUUGACUGAUGCCACCUGGCCCUCCACACACUUCCGAGAUGGCUCUGAGCAAGCCUGCGUACUUGUGGCACCUGCAGCCGCUUGGCACCCACGCGGUGGGACCCGACCGCCCUGGGGUCCGGCUGGUGGGCCGGCAUGACUUCCAGAACAGGCUGGGGGACAGAGGCACUGUCACCUUGGGAUGUGGGGAAGGGCAGCUUUAGUUUUAUCAAUUUUCCAACCAAGGUGAGAGGCAAGUCGGUCUGCGGAAGCCACUACUGUACUUAGAAACUUAUAUGAUUUUGAAAAAACAAAAAACAAAAAACUUCCUAGGUCUAUAAUCUCUCUAGGUCCGUUUUCUCACCUACACAGUGAGAGUUGGACUGUCACACUUGCUGGGGUUGGGGUGAGUGAACGUCGCACCUUGCUUUCAUCACUUCCUUUUCUGGCUCGUCACUGUGCCUUUUUCUUUCCGGAGAAGGACAUCACCUCCCCUUUUUCUGUUCCCUUGCCUCCCUUUUCCCCCACCAUCAAGUCCUGGGCAGGGCUAGAGAUAUGGCCGAGACCCAGAUCUCCUCGGAGGUGACAGAAAAGGAACUCCGACCUCUUGAUGUACCCCACACUGGUGAAAGAGGGCACCGAGUCAGGGUGGGUGGCUGGCAUGUCCCUUGCUGGGAGCGGACAUGCAGCCAGAUCUCCUAGUGCGUAGAGCCUGUCUGUCUGUCUGUCUGUCUGUCUGUCUGUCUGAACACGAUCGUCUUUUCCUAUUUUGGAGUGGCCAGACAUUGUAUUUUUGUUCGAAAUUAUCUGGAGUUUUAGACGAACUUGCAAAACUGUGCUUUUUAUCAAGUGAUUUUUUUUUUGAAUAAAAUCUUUGGUAUUCUGGAGCAAAUGUAUUUAUUUAUCCUCUGUGCAACGACAAAGUCGGUAUUUUCCCAUGUUGACGUCAUGUACAUUGUAGAAGUUAGUGUUUGUCUAAGCACAGAGCGUAUAUGAGCAAAUUAAACUUGAAUUGUUUCAA